AUGUCGAGUGCCUUGUCCGCCAUUGAUACUUCCCCUGCACCGCUCAACUCCAUCCAGGCGUGGUCCACACCCAUCUCCUCUGGGCCAUUCAAUUUGGUGACGAUCACAUCAGUUGAAACGGAGACUAUCUAUCCUACGUGGAUCUAUACAAUAUCUGGUUCCGGACCUGAUCCCAGAGUCACCACUGUCCUUGACUUCCUAUCGUCAACACUGAGCCCAACCCCGGUGAUCCUGACAACGACUCAGCUGUCUACAACUAAGCAGGACACCAUAGUAUCGACUUCCAGCUCUACAGCAAUCGUGAUCUCGGAUCCCCCGGUCUCGACUCUGGUCCCAACCUCGGUCCUAUCAAGCCCAAUGGGGGACUCUCCUACUUCGACAACUUCUGACGAUCUCUGGUAUUCUGAUGCUCCUAGCAGCACAUGGACUCCACCGAUUCCAUUGACUAGCUCGAGUAUAUUUCUUUCGUCAUCAUUGCCUGUCUUGCCGGAGACAACCACUAGCUUCUCAAGCUCCAUGAGCUCCAGUAGUACCCCGGCCAGCUUGAGCAUCAUACCAUCAACCACACCUUCGAUCCCGCCAUUCAUUGGAACCGCUACAAGCGCAGCCUCUUCAGAAACAGCCGACGCCGACCACUCAACCCCUCCAUCCUCUAAAACUGGAACGAUAGUUGGGAGCGUCAUCGGAGGAUCAGCAAUCACGAUCUUCGCCCUGCUCGCCUGCGUACUUUGUUUUCGUCGUCGACGACGAAAAAUAGUAAAAGAGCAUCUAGGUAUCAGACAGAAACUAAUACGAGGCGACUCAACAAGUUCAUCAAUCAGCCACCAUCACCACUCCCGCUACCACUCCUACCCCUCGAUCCCAAGCAACAUCGGCCUGCGAUCACCCACACUCCCAGUCAUCCCGCUGCAACAGCAGCCCUCAAAUCAAGAUCUAUCGCUGGACAGUAUGUACCUCCGCGGCGAGACAACACGGGACCCCUUCGCGGACCCGCCGUCUGCAGUCAUCGAGAUCUCAGCCCCAUCUCGCUCGGUCUCGCUCUAUUCUACUUCUUCCCGGGGCGCUGGGCGAGGUGGGCAGGGGUACUGGGACUGCGAACGUGACGGUGCGGAUACCCUCGCUGUACCGCAUCAAUACUUGGAUACGCCUAUGAUGCGUGACAGCAUGCGCAGUGACCCCUUUGAUCUUGAUCUUGAGCCUCCGCCGAAUGCUCACCACCGCCGGUCUUCUGUUCCUUCGAUCCCGACUACGUGGGGGCUCAAGUUUUAG